AUGGUGUUGACUCUCUACGAAGCAGCCAAGAAAUUCAAGUUGGAAGAGAUAACCUGGAGCGAGUACAUCGAUCACCUCAUUGCGCGUCUUGCAGGCGAGGGGCAUGUCGAUGACGACGCAGACAAUGACGGACCAGCAGGACCUCUGUUGCUCAACGACAUCGAUCCCUUGGCCGACAUAAUAUAUUGGUGGAGUCAGAACAUGGAUUGGUACAAAGGCGAGUACCCUAAGAAGAUCAAACCAAUCUUCGAGGCAUAUCACAACGGACGCAUGAAUGAUGUGCCUGCGAGAUUGGAGGACCUAGAUUCGCAUGAAGAUAGAGACUGGAUGAAGAUGGCGCUCGCAUACCUGGCUCUGCGAGAUCGCCGAGCAGACUUGUUGAAGUCGCUAGUAAACUAUGAUCGGGCGACGAACUCGGACGGCUUCCAACACGAGGCCGACUGCGUAGACGAGACGACAGACCCAGAAGUCUUCAAGAUUCUCGAGGAGUCAGACUUCCGCAAAAAGCACCCACGGCAGAGGCCUAUACACGUGCGCAUACUCGUACCUGAGUAUGAGUACGAUCUCACACGCGAGGAAUCAGAUGACAGCGCCGAUGAGAAUGAUCCCUUCUACGUCGCUAGAUCGCAUCCGUUGUGGUAA